GUCAGGAUCUGAAUUGAAAUGUAGCGGCGGGUAAAAGUUACUGUAGAACUAUUAUAAAACAAUAUUUUAAUGAUAAUAACUGGUUGUAUUAAAGUAUAAAAGUGAAUAUAUGGGAUUAUUAAUCCUUCUGCUCUCACAAUGACUCAGUCUGUUCUUAUACAAGUUGGUCAGUGUGGUAAUCAGGUGGGCUGCAGGUUCUGGGAUCUGGCACUCAGAGAGCAUGCGCACAUAAACAAGAGAGGAAUCUACGAUGAAGCACUGAGCAGCUUCUUCAGGAACGUCGACCCAAGGAGUGGUAAUGAUGUAGGUGGGCCCCCAGGAAGCAGAAUUUCAGCACUGAAAGCCAGAGCAGUGCUGAUAGAUAUGGAGGAGGGCGUUCUCUCUCAGGUCCUGUGCGGCCCCCUGCAGCAGCUCUUCAGUUCCACUCAGCUCAUCAGUAACUCGUAUGGUUCUGGAAACAACUGGGCUGUUGGUCAUCACACCUACGGUUCAGUGUAUCGAGAUCAGAUUGUGGACCAGAUUCGGAGAGCAGCGGAACAAUGUGACUGUCUGCAGUGUUUCUUCCUCAUUCACUCUAUGGGAGGUGGAACCGGAUCAGGAUUAGGCACAUCUGUAUUGAAGCUUCUGGAGGACGAGUUUCCGGAGGUGUGCCGAAUCGUAACGGCGGUGUAUCCGUCGGCCGAAGAUGAUGUCAUCACCUCCCCAUAUAACAGUGUUCUGGCUAUGAGGGAGCUUACUGAGCAUGCUCAGUGUGUCCUGCCCGUUGAGAACCAGUCACUGAUGGACAUCGUUAGUAAGAUCCAGUUAAUGAGCAACACCAGCAGAUCAGGUGCUGCCAUAAAGAAGGACUGUACCAUUAUUUCUGGGAAGGGAGGAGUUUCAAAGACUGAGAAACCCUUCGAUGCAAUGAACAACAUUGUGGCUAAUCUGCUGCUCAGCAUCACCAGCUCUUCUCGUUUUGAAGGAUCCCUCAACGUGGAUCUGAAUGAGAUUGCCAUGAACCUGGUCCCGUUUCCAAGGUUACACUACCUGGUGUCCAGCCUCACCCCUCUAUACACCCUCGCUGAUGUUAACGUUCCUACACGCAGGUUGGAUCAGAUGUUCAGUGAUGCGUUCAGUAAGGACCACCAGCUGAUGAAUGCGGACCCCCGACACUCGAUGUACCUAGCAUGUGCUCUGAUGGUGAGGGGGAACGUUCAGGUGUCUGAUCUGCGGCGAAACAUUGAAAGACUGAGACCGUCUCUGUCCUUUGUUGGGUGGAAUCAGGAGGGAUGGAAGACGGGGGUGUGUGCAGUUCCUCCGGUGGGACACACCCACUCUCUGCUAGCUUUAGCUAACAACACUUGUGUAACUGCAUCCUUCACUGAGCUCCGAGAUCGCUUCCUCAAACUCUACCGAAAAAAGGCUCACCUGCAUCACUAUGUUGGUGUGGAUGGAAUGGAGACAUCUGGGUUCAGUGAAGCUCUGAAUUCUCUGUCUGAUCUGAUAGAGCAGUACAACACACUCAACUCUACCAGUUCAGCUCUUACCCAUGAUGCACCUCGCAUCAAUAUCGCCACCUAGCUGGAAACUGGAACCGGAAAUGUGUUUUUUUUACUCAUCAUUAAAUGUAUUUAUUUAUUUAUUUAUAAAUCUGUAGUAAAAAAUAAAGAGACGAUUUCAAUAAAACAGCAAAACAAUG